AUGGGCAGCAGUUCUUCGGAUCGCAGACCAAUCUUCGUGGCAACCCAUCCUCGGGCUUGCUCUACGGCCUUCGAACGGGUAUUCAUGACCCGCCCAGACGCCCUGACUUGCGUCCACGAACCCUUCGGCGAUGCUUUCUACUACGGCCCCGAACGCAUGAGCACGCGUUAUGAGUAUGACGAGGCCGCAAGAAAGAAGAGUGGGUAUUCAGAGGUCAAGUACGGCGAUGUCAUGGGCAGGAUUUUGAAGGAGAUGUUUGAGAGCGACACAACCCGCGUCUUCAUCAAAGACAUGGCCUAUUACAUCGUGCCUCCCAACGGCGACCGUCCCUUGACCCCGGCGCGUUCGCUCGAUCGCCACCCCAACCUGGCAGGGGUCAACAACCCAACUAUUAUUCCCACCUCCCUUCUUCAGCUAUUCCACUGGACAUUCUUGAUCCGCCACCCACGAAAGGCCAUCCCGAGCUACUACCGCUGCACCAUCCCACCGCUGAGCAAGAAGACGGGGUUCAACGAGUUCAUGCCCAGUGAGGCCGGCUAUCUAGAACUUCGCAGGCUCUUCGAAUUCUUGCACGCUCAAGGAAUCAUUGUCGACAACGAAGCCGAGAACGAGGAGGAGCGCAAGGAAAAGAUCAAUACGUACCAGCAGAUGAAGCAAAUAAGUAUCGACACAUGGCAGGAGAAUAACGAGACUGCGCUCAGCAAGCAGCUGGAAGACACAGCAGGUCCUGUGAAUAUCACAGUCAUUGAUGCGGAUGACCUGCUUGACGACCCGGAGGGUACGUUGAGGGCCUACUGCGAGGCCAUCGGCCUGGGCUUUGACCCCAAGAUGCUCAAAUGGGAUGACGAGGAGAGCCAGAAGACGGCGAAGGAGGCGUUUGAGAAGUGGAACGGGUUUCAUGACGAUGCGAUCGGGAGUACCGAGUUGAAGCCGCGGGAGCACAAGGCUAAGACGCCGACCAAAGAGGAAGAGGACAAGGAAUGGAGGGAGAAGUACGGAGAGGAGGGACAGAAGAUAAUCAGAGAAACGGUGGACAAGAAUGUGGCCGAUUAUGAAUAUCUCAAACGGUUCGCUUUGAAGCCGAAGUCGGGGUAG